AUGUUCCUCGCCUCACUCCCCCCCAACACCCCCAUCACCGUCACCAUCACCGGCACCCAACCACACACCCCUCCUACCCUCACCACCGAAUUAUCCUCUCUCUUCGCCUCCGCCGCCUCCGACUCUCUCUGCGCCCAUACCGAAACUCUCCACCAGCACCACACCUCCCCCACAAGCAUCAUCCAUCUAACCUACUGGUCCACAACAAACUACGAGACCUGGCUCAAAUCCCCCAAAGUCUCCGCCUUCUUCGCCUCCCUUCCCAGCAAUCAAAAUGAUGAACCAGCAGGAAUCUACCACGAAACCCUAACCAUCCAGCCAUCUCGCAUCCAAGGCGCCACGAACCACCCCGUGCCCUCGGGAUGUAUGCACUUGGGCAAGAUUGACCUCAAGCCAGAGUUGUCGGGGUAUUGGGGGUGUUAUCCGGAUCGUAUCCAAGAAAAGGAUAUAAAAACUUCCUUAACCAAGGAAAAGAUCAGUGCUGUUGCUGAAAGCAAGAAUGCUAAAGAAGAGGGGAAAAUAAUCCCGGGAAAACAAACCAUCACACACAUACCCGAUAAUAUCUGCUUCGUCGUCGAAGGCCAAGACCACUCCGCCGCGUCGGAGAAAGAACGCACUUACUGGAGCGAACACUUCGAUUCCUUGUCCCAGGAAUGGGUGGGCCAGGUGCUGGGUGCGGGAUUACCCGGGGGUGUGGUUUCUUCGAGGGGGUGUUAUAGUUAUUCUGUGCCUUCUACUAUUUCUACUUCUGAGGGGGUGAAGAGGUAUCCGUUGACGCUUGGGAGGGAUGUCCAGCUUCUUUACUUUGUGGAUUUGCAGCAUAUGGAGACGUUGGGGAGGAAGAGUGCGGAGCAUGUGAAGCUUAGGAAGGCGUUUAUGGAGGCGUAUGGGCCUGGGGGUGUGUUGUUUGGAGGGGGGUUGAAGUUGUGGGUUGAGACGGCGGUGUUGAGGGACGGGGAUUUCAAGGGCGAGUAUUGGGGCUGUGAAAAGGGGACGGGGUUGUUGGGGGUAAGGGGAGUGAUGGGGGUUGAGUGA